UUUUUUUUUUUUUUUUUUAAAGAACUAAAUAAAUAUUUGUUGCUGCUGUUAUCAAUAAUGCAUCUGUCUGUAUAAUCAUAAUGAAUAAAUUUUUGUAUUGUAUCAGGAGAUUUUUAAUUAAUCGUUCGUCAUAAAAUUGACUAACUUCUUCGAGUGAAACUUGAAAACUGAAUUUACUACUGCGUCUAUGUAAAUAUCACCGAUAUUGUACGAAAAUAAGAAGAAACGAAAUUUAAUAAUCUUUACCAGAUGUGUCUCAUAAUUCUUUGAUUUUUGCACCUUUUUAUUUUUGCCUCCCCCCUCCAUGGCAAAUGCAUGUCACGCUGCUUACUCUAUUUUGAUGCUCACCUUUUAGAAAGCUUAAGGACGAAAUUUGAGAGAAAUUUCUAUGCAUUGAAGAUGUCAAUUUUCCUUGCUAGAUCGCCCGAGUUGACGAAGAAUGUAUCAAUGCGUUGUUAACGUUGGAGUACUUGAGCUUGUUAAGUCAAGUGAUACCGAACGAGAGAAAUACAGAAAUUAUUUAUGGACAAGUCAGCCACUAUGACGUGGGCAAUAAACUGCCGAAAAGAUACAACAAGAACACGAAGACCAACAGCUGCACCGUGGAGGAGUCGUGCGAAGGUCUAUCAGCCAUCGACGAAAGGAUAUAUACGAUGCACUUCUCUUUCGACACGUUGAACAUAUUGCCAAAGUGCCAGCAGGCCGAACUUCUCUUCUCCAUGUUCGCCGAUGGUACAGCUAGCAACAGGGACGAUAAGGGACAGGGUAGCGCGAACAAGAUAUUAAUGGACAACUUUCUAGGACACAUGAAACAGUUACACAACAAGGAACUCCUGUUGACCUCCGCUGAGUCGCAAAAAUUCACGAGAAUGCUCCUCGACAGAUGUCGAGCCGGCGGCCCCUCUUUACCAUUCUUUUCCGAGAGAGAGAGAUUGUCUUCCAACGUCGAGCUCAACUCCUAUCCGCGCUGGAAAUGCUUCAUUAAAGGGAUUAGCACGACUCACGUGAUCAUCACGAUAUUACCCGCGUCCGAGAAAGACGUUGUACGCUUGUUCGCGUCAGCCUGCUCGAGUACAGAGGCACAGUCAACGAGCAACAACUCCGAGAAGCACGGCGAAUCGGUUGCAUUCAAUGUAGAUUCAAGCGAAAGUCAAAACACUUGCUCGAAGUGCUCCACGGCUGACAUCGUCUCGAUAGAAAAUAAUAACGAGACAGCGUUCUACGAUCAGGCCAUCGAGGACAGUGCGACAAACGCGCAUAUCGACACGCAGAGAGGAUCUCACGAUUGCGAGGAGUCGCUCGUUAUUCCAGUUUACGUGUACGACUGUUCGCUGGCUCUGCUGAUCGACACGUUGGUCGACAAGUUGAAAAUCUCGCACAACAAGGACAUUUAUCAGGAUCACACGUUCAGAGUUGGCCAGCAGGAGUGCAAAGAUUUCAUCGAGCUGAAGUCUGAUUGUAACUCAAAGCCCUCGACCCCGGAACCAAAGAGCGAGGAUUCCGACAAUACUGCCAGUGAUCAACGAAGCCUUGUGGAACAUUGCAAACAAUUGAGCUUGGCUCACUGUCAUUGCUACGUGGUUGCAGUUUACAAGUCGCUGAUAUUGCAGCAACCACUCACUUACGACGACAUGGAAGCCGCAGUGGAGCAAUGCGAAGAAACCUUGAUUGAAAUUAAUAUAACGAAUUACUUGCGGUCUGUGUGCAGGCAUCUGAGCAAGUUGUCAGACAGAAACGUGUUAAACGAGCUGAAUCCAUCAGCGUGCAACGACGUUGAACCGUUGCACAACUUGAUCAAGGAAAAAUUCGAGAGGAUAAUCACGGUUGCGUUCAGGCCGGUUCCGGCGCAUCCUGAAUUUUAUUACUGCUCGCCGUCCUGGUCGGAGAAUGAAACGGAAACGUAACGUGGCCAGGCAGAAAUGUCAGCAAUAUGUCGAAAAUUUCAAGACACGGCUCCGCGGACUCUAUCAACAGCGACCUGCAGCAAAAGAGUGUCUUCGGGAGGGAGCAACCGUUGUUCUUACAGUUAAGUUGCUCUGUUCGAUUCCAGUCGAAAUCUGGCCUUAGUAGCAUCCCCGUAAAAUCCCUGCCAACGUGUUUCAUGGAGAUUCUGCAGAAGAUGGAAGAUCACAAAGACGAAGACAUAGCGAGUUUGAGUUUGGCUGACUUGAAGAUCACUUUGGACAUCAUUUGUUUAAAUUUGCCAAGGGAGGUGCUGGAGAUAAGUUUAGAACGAUACUCUGGCUUAAGGGCAACGUCGUUCUGCAGCGGUUCACCUGUAGGUAGCCUGCGAACGGAAAGCGGAAGCAGCUUGGAGAAUAAUGCUAAAAACGAACUGUUCCAAGAAAAGAUGUCUCACUUGCCUUUGUGCCAGCACAAUGCUGUAAGCAAUCUGAGGGAUGAAAUCGAGUGGCUCUUACAGGAUGAAACUGCAACCGCGUUCCUCGACCAGCCCGUUAUAAAUGAAGACGUGUUGAACUUCGUUGCGAAUCAUGUUUCCGAGUCGACCGGCAGGUUCAGCUGCAAAGUGGAGAAAGUCCCUCUGUAUUUCGUGUAUCCCUCGAACGAUAGCAAACCUAAAUUUAUAAGCGAGUUGAGGAAACUUCAGAUCGACAAGUAUUGCAUCCGUCAAGAGGGGAGUUUGUUCUAUUUUGUGAAAAACAUAGAGCAACUGAACGAGACGAAGGAGUCAAAAAUAAAGGACAAUGUAUGCAGUACUCCGGAAAAUCUGGAACAAGAGAAACUGCAAGAGAGCACGAGCUCUUGCACAGAGAGCAAUCUCGGUAUACGCUUCAAAUCACAGGAAUCUCAUUCUGACAGUAACGAUCUGACACAUGAGAGGGAAAAUACCGAGGACGGAUGCAAAGAGAGUAAUACAUCGGUGAACAGAUUUCAAUGGUUAAUAGAUCUUGAUAAUCGUAAAAGUUCCCUACCCAACUUUUGGUUGAUCUUAAAUGUUGAGAAAGAUUCCGUCAGUGUCUACUUUCACUGCAGGUUCUUAGAGAUCAUAUCGCCCGAAGUAAGCAGUUACUGGCAUACCCAGAAAACGCUGGUCUCUCAAAUAAAGAGUACUUGUCGUCGAGUGAACCAAUACCUGCUUUUGCAAAACCUUCACAAGACAAGCAAAUGCUCGGAACUGUUGGAGACAGAGUCGAGCGAGGAUUACAAUUGGAAAUCAGAGACGACGAGUGAGUUCAGCAACGUCGGGCAGAAUCGAGACUCAAUGCAGAAUUUCACGCCGGGGAUGUUCCGGUGCCGCGUCGUUUGGAAAUUCACCUUCCGGCUGCAUCCUCGACUGAAGACUGGCCCGGGAAGAUCCGGCCUUUCCCGAGGCAUAAAAGCUUUGCACGGCGUGCUUAACAGGUUUGCUGUUAGCAACCGGAGCAACAUGUUCGUGUAUCAAGAGAACAACAAGAACGUGUUCUACCUAAGACUGCACGAGCAAAUCAGCGAUGGGAAAGCUUUGCAGAACAAACUGUCGGAAAGCGACGAGCAGCUUGUCGUUUCUCGCAGCAACAGCGUGGUUUCGUUGUCGCAAGUCAAGCUGAACGAUAACGCAGCGACGAACGACACGAGGCCCAGAGUUCGGUCAUUCAGCGAGAAGGAAUCAAACAGUUUAAAUAAAACCGAGGACUCGAUCAUCUUGAUGGUGCAUGGAAUCUCUGACGCUGGGCCAGAAGUUAAACGCGAUUUGGUACAAGUUCUACAAAAUCGCUUGGACGACGCGGUGUUGGAAGUUCUCUCGAUUAUGCUAGCGAGAAAUCCAAUGUGCAAAUUGACACCCGCUGAUGUUCAUUUCAUCCAGCCGCCAAAAUCACCGGAAUCCAUCAUACGGUUGAGCGUACAAAAGCAUUGCACUCGGUACAUAACCGCCUUGGAAUUUUAUUUGCGUCAGAAUAUACUUCAGUUCCUGUAUAUACCAAAGUACACUGACAACAGGCCAGAAUAUCAUUUCCAAGACUACUCGCAACGCGAGGGAUCUGCCAAAAGGAUUUCGGAAUCGGACAUCUUUUUGUACAAUCAAAGUCACUCCAGCGGGAGCAAAGGGAUCGCUUGUAUAGCAUUAGCAAUUACAGGAGAGCACGGUGAGCCCGUCAGAUCGUUAGGAAAUGAAUCCCCCGGUGACAGUUUCCCUGAAACGAUAAACUUGGAGGAUUUCAAAAGUAUCGUGUCGACGUCGAUUCAUGAUAAGAAUCCUACGGAAUCGCCGCCUCUGAUCGAGUUUAAAAUAUGGAAACAAGGCAGAGUUAAUCUGGAAUCUCUGUUGCAGAAGCUAUGCUCUGCGGUGAAACAUGCAAUCUGGGACUUAGUCACGGAAUACAAAUUUCUGUCAACGCCACUGACAGAACCGUUUGUGGAAGGGUACACUCAGGAGAUAUCCGCUGAAAAGAAAGAGACCCAAGCAAGAAUAAUGCAUGAUCUAGCGAUUGAUCGAUUCGAGGCAGGUGAAGAGGGGAAGUUGCACAGCAUUUACUGCGUGACAUUAUCAAAGUGGUUUCGAUUUGCUUUGGAAAUCGGAGUACCGUCGGUAAAGAGGCAUGAGAUAAUCCUUACUCACAGACAUCCUAUAUCCACGAUCAUUGCAGAAUUAGAGGCUCUGAUACAGAGUCAAGCACCGGAUACAUCCAGCAGAGCUUUUGUUUUGAAAGACAGACAACCAUUUAUCGAAAGGUAUAUCUCAAAUGAAGAAUUAUUGACUGGACUUAAGAAGAACAACUACUCCAUGCUGGGAAAUGAAGGGAAGUUAGACUUGCCCGUCUACAUACCAUGUGAUUUUAGUAAGGAUGUGCAAGGAACUUACACUAAAUGUAUUUUAAUAGCUAGAAACUUUCAUCAAUGGAAAGCUUCAUUCAGCAGCACGGUACAGCCAGAAUUACUUAUCCCAAAAGAUAACUCUCUACAUGUAUAAUUGGUCAAAAGAGAAAUCGGAGAAGCUAAUAAAACAAACUAUAAAUCUGGGCACGUGGCUGUCAUCAAGAUCAAACUUUUUUACAAACGUAAUAAUGCAGAAAUUAGGUAUAUUCCAUCAUCGACCGAGUCUUUCGAGAGAGCACGCGAGCUCGCAAUAUCUUCAAAUUAUGGACAUGGAAAGUCUCACGAAGUUCUCUGCUGUGCCCCACAACGACGGGAAAGAUUGGACGAGAUUGAACAGCAGAACGCAAAAUAUAAAGCACAAUCAAUUCUCAUGGAACGAAGUGAUCGGUCAAACAAUGCGCGACGUGAAGCCCAAUAAUUAUUUCCAUAGCAAUAUGGACCCGACCGUGAAAGCUGUCUGCGAUUUACAAGAUUUGCGAUCGCGCGAAAGAAAAGUCAAAGAAUUGUUUCCCAAUUUUUCAGAGGAUUUGAACAAGUUAUAUGCAAUGUGGCAAAAUCGUAGUGCUGCCCCGAAUAUUCCGAUCUCAGUCACUGCUCUAAAUACUUUCAAGCAAUAUUCUCGUUUAAUUCAUUUCUGUCACACACCACUGUUGUUUCUACCUUCCUGGCGUCUACAAUCUGCGGCUACGAGAGAUCACUCGCUUUCCGCCCAGUCGUCUCUAAGCACAGGCAUCAGUCUAUAUCAACAACUGUCACAACAAAUGCAAAAAAAUCAAAAUGAACAAACAAAUAUCAUAAAGUGGCAUAAAGAAUUAUGCAGUUUGAUGUUAUCGGAAUAUAAGCAAUAUCUUCACUCGUUAGGUUUUAGUUCAGUGCAAAUAGAAUCAUCAGAUAAGAGUUUAUGCUAAGUUUUGUGGAUGCGUGUGACAAAAUCAAAAUUAGUAUGCAUCUACAUUCAUUUACAUAUGAUUUUCAUUUACGUUGCAUCCAUUCGUACAUAGCUGGAACUGGACCUUGGUUGGUGCAACAAGGUUAUCAUCUUAUUCAUUUUCUUGAUGAUUUUAACAAAUAUUAUAGCAAAGCUCCAAAUUAUGCGAGAAAUCUUAUAUACAGUGAUGUAGUAACUAUUCGCGAUUUGGCAAUAUCAGGUCGCACAUUAUAUUCUUAUUUAUUAUCUCAUGAGAAAACUUAUAACAUGCGUGUAUUUGUAAUGAAAAGUGAUCUCCAAGAUUCUGAAGAAAGUGAAUACGUUUUAGUAAGCUUAAAAAGCACUCCUUUAAUCAGUUACUGCGACGCACAAGAUACGAAAUAUGCUGAUGAUUUUGAUGUUGUUCUUAUUGUAUCACAUUUAGAACAACCUCCACAACUAGAAAAAACUGAGAUUACUUUAAAAUACUACUUAAUGUUAACAAGUAAGCGAGAAUUAUAUCCAAAGAAAGAAGUAGAAAACAAUAAACUCGGAAAAUUUCGUACGGUGUACAGUGUUGAAAAAUCUACAUGUACUUAUACCGAGCCUGUUAUAAGCACUUUAAAUGAAUCUUCAUUGGAUCUUCAAGAAGGUAGACAAGUUUCAAAUGAUAAAAAAAGUGAUGCUAAAUUAUACAGUGCUAACUUUAGUACAAAUUGUAAUAAUACAGGUGCACCGACACCUCCGCCUGUACCUAAUUCUCCAUUAACUCAAAAUGUAAAUCCUCCAAGCAUUUCAGUAAAUUCAUCACCACACUUGAUUCAGAUACGGCAAGAAUCGAUUAAUUAUCUAGGUUAUUACUCCUCGCACGAGCAACUCAUGCAACAAACAAUAAUGUCCCAAGCAAAUGCAGCUCGAAUACAUAUAAUGAAUAUGAUCAAACGCGGAGCAUUACAAUGCAGAACACACCUUCUUUGGAAUAAAUUAUUAGAAAGUAAAUCUGCCAUGAAUUAUAACGAAUUCUCCGAACUUUGUUCUCUGGCCCAUGUUGAACCUUUAUUAAAGUUGGAUCCAAGAUUAAGACCAUUUAUUAAUCAGCCAAUUUCUUGGUACCAAUCCUUAUCAAAGGUUCUACAAAAUAAAUAUCAAGAACAUCAUAAACAAUUCAAUACACCAGACGGAAAUAUUACUCAUCUACUAAUACUGCAUCCAAGUUUUUUUCAAGUUUUCAUGAUGUUAACUAUAGAUCUACAUGCCUCACGAGGGGAUUUGUAUGCAGUUUAUUGUAAAUCAGAAGAAAUGAUUAAUUCUUCAUGCUGUAUAGAAGAUACAUAUAAUCUAAUAGAAGGUUUUGUGAAUGCUUGCUGUUUUAACUUAUGGAUGGGUCUCUAUAAUUAA